AUGUCACAAAACGGAGGAGAUAAUUCAACUGAAGAGGGGCAACAACCAGGCAUUUCAAAGUUCCAAAUGCAAGCAUUGGUGAGCGAGAUGAGGCGGGUGAUGAGAAUGGAGUUGGAGCAAAUUCAUGAAAGGAUAGACAAAUUGGAGGAGGAGACAACAAAGAGGCAGCACCCACCUAGGCGAGUGCAACCAAGGGCACAAUGGGGUGAUGCUGAAGAUGAAGAAGAAUUAGAGGAACUCGAUGAACGUCCAGUGAAUGGAGGAAGAAAUGACCCGGAGGCUUAUCUAGAAUGGGAGAAGAAGAUAGAAAUGGCCUUCGAAUGUCAUAACUACUCCGAAAACAAAAAGGUAAAGCUUGCUGCAAUUGAAUUCACUGAUUAUGCUAUUAUUUGGUGGGAUCAAUUGUUGAAGGAAAGGAGGAGAAAUUAUGAGCAACCUGUUGAAACAUGGGAUGAAAUGAAGGCCAUCAUGAGGAAACGUUUCAUUCCAAACUACUACCAUAGAGAGUUGUUCAACAAGUUACAACGCCUAACUCAAGGAUCGAGGAGCGUCGAUGAGUACCACAAAGAGAUGGAAGUUGCUAUGAUACGAGCAAGUGUACAAGAAGAUAGGGAAGCUACCAUGGCUAGAUUCUUACAUGGCUUAAAUCGUGAAAUAGCAGAUGUUGUGGAGAUGCAACACUAUGUGGAAUUGACGGAUAUGGUGCACCAAGCUAUCAAAGUCGAACAACAACUGAAGCGGAGGAAUUUGGCUAGGAAGGGAACAUGUGCAAUCACUUCAAAUUCGUGGAAGGCAGCACCUAAACGGGAUGAAUGGCCAUCAACUAAACCUAAAUUCGAACCUUCUAAGGAUGCCAAACCAGCGACAACAUUCAAACAAGGUAACACUGAACCCUCCACUUCUAAGAAUCGAGAUAUGAAAUGUUUCAAGUGCCAUGGCAUGGGACACAUAGCUAGUGAGUGUCCUAACAAAAAGGUUAUGGUGAUAAAUGCCCAAGGGGAGAUCGAAUCGGAGGAUGAAAAGGAAGACGAAGGGCAAUAUGCUGCAGAGGGUGAGUUAUUAGUGGCAAGGCGAGCUCUUAGCGCACAAGGUAAAGAAGAAGAGAACAAUCAACGAGAAAACAUAUUUCAUACUCGUUGUUUUGUAAAUGGUAAGGUUUGCAGCGUUAUUAUUGAUGGUGGGAGCUGCACUAAUGUUGCAAGUACUGAAUUAGUUAAGAAAUUGGGUUUGCCUACCUUGAGGCAUGCUCGACCAUAUCUACUUCAGUGGCUAAAUAAUAGUGGAGAAAUAAGGAAUUUCAAGAUGUCUUUCCCGAAGAGGUACUGCCAGGCUUACCACCAAUUCGAGGAACUGAGCACCACAUUGACUUCAUACCAGGUGCAACAAUUCCAAACAGACCAGCCUAUCGGAGUAGUGCCGAGGAGACAAAGGAACUUCAACGACAGGUUGAUGAGCUACAAGGGAAAUGACAUAUUAGGGAGAGUAUGA